AUGAAAAAGAACCCGACGGUGCAGGGCACCUUCAGCAAACUCUUCGGGAAGAAGCACGCCAACCCUCCCGCCACCUCCCUCUACGCCACCAACCCCCCCUGGAUUUUCACCCAGGAGGCCCCGGAGGAGGGGACCCGGGACUUCGAUGGGAUCUAUUUUGGAGACAACCGAGUUGACACAGUGAGUGAGUCGGGAACCGCCACACUGAAAGCUCGGCCAAGAGUCCGGCCCCUGCUCACCUUUCUUCCACUGGAUGCCCGGGAGAACCAUGGACUGGCUGUGCCCACCCCCUCUGUCCCAUACAACUUUGCAGACAAACAAAUGACAGGCACCAGCAAGCUCAUCAAUGGCAACCUCCGAUUAUACAGCUCUGUGGGGGACCUAAGGCCUGGGCAUUAUGGCCAGGACUUGCUCAUCCCCCCGCCACCCCCGGGCCCAGCCCCGGCACCACCCCCAGACACUCUGCAGCCUCAAGAGGAGCCCUCACCACCACCUCCACCUUCCACGGCUCCCCCGCCUCCUCCGCUGCUGCUGGAACCCCCGUCCCCGCCCAACAUGGCUCCACCUCUGCCCCCAGUAAUGGGGGCCCUAUCCACCGCACCCCGCCUUCCCUCCCCAUCCACACCCCCCCCUCCGGACUUCAUUCCCCCUGCCCCCCCGCUACCCCUUUUGCCAGCCCCGGCUCCCCCAGCUCCAGUGUCUCCUCGUACACCGGGGACUCACCCCUUCCCCGCUGAGGGUGUCACCAAGUGGAAAUCAGAGGUAGCGCUGAGUGACAGGCAGCCAGAGGUCCCCAGAGGCAGCCCCCCCAGGAGCCCUGCUGAGCCCAAGGGGAGCCUCCUGGGACCGGAGACCCACCUCACCUUCCCCAGCUCGCUCAAGGUGCCUCCCCCAACCCCAGUCAGGACUUCAUCCAUCUCCUCUCAGGAAGCACAAGGGGCUCUUCCUGAGGAAGGAGAGGCCACCAAGAAGGCCCCCAGUAGACUCCCACUGCCUCCCAGCUUCCACAUCCGCCCCGCGUCCCAGGUCUACCCGGACAGGGCCACUGAGCCAGACCAUCCCGAGGAGCCCAGGGCUACGGCACCAGAACGAAAAAAACCCGAGCCCCCCCCCCCAGCCCCUCCCCUGCCCCCUCCUCCACUCCCACUCCCUCCCCCAGCACCCCCCCUGCCCCCAGCUGCCCCUCCUUUGCCAUCUGCUGAGAAGGCAGCCCCUCCCCCAGCUGGGGUUAUGAAAAGACCCAAGUCUAGCUCUCCUGCUCCCAAACUCAAACUUGACCCCCACAGCCCAGAGGACACAGCCUCUUCAGAGUCCGUGGACUGGUGGGAUCCCAGCCAGAUGGCAAAGCUGCGGAACGAGCUGUCAGCCUAUCUCUGUGGCUCCAGGAGAGAGGACCGGUUUGCCAGUCAUAGACCAGGCCCAACUGCAUCCUCUCAGGGAAAGGAGAGCCAGAAGGGCCCCAGCCUGCCAGAGAAGGAGGCGCCCCCAAGUGUUCCUGAGGAGAGUCCUUGCAGCCAGCCAGAGAGGAAGGCUGCCACCAGCCUGACCCUCCCUCCUUUGGACUACAUCCCCCAAGACUCGCCAACUCCUAGCAUCUGGCAGAUCCGGAAUAAGUUGGAGGCCCAGCUUUCCUCAUCCGCAGAGAAGGAAGCCAAGCCCAGCAGAGGGUCUCUGCCUCCCAAACCUCAGCUAGAAGGGGUAAGAAUCUUUGAAAACAGGCCUGAUAAUGGCAGAUUCUCCAAGCCCACGGCCAAGAAUCUGCCACCUCUAUCCACCACCCCUCUGCCAACCACACCACUCCAGUCCAGGGCCAUGCCUGGACCAGCCAUACCACCCAGGGCCACACCUGAGCCAGCCACACCUGGACCAGCCACACCACCCAAGGCCACACCUGAGCCAGCCACACCUGGACCAGCCACACCACUCAAGGCCACACCUCUGCCCACCACAUCAUCCCAACUGAUAGCAGAGAAGAACCUAGUCCUAGCUGGGCAGUGGGAGAAGCCAGAACAUCAAGAACUUGCAGUGCCCUCCAAGCCAGAGGCAGAAGGGUGCUCCUCAGAGACCAGUAAGCCUACACAGGGAGCCCUCUCAUCUCCAGCCCUCCCUGCAAAGAUAUCCCCUGGCCGAGAAGAGGUGCCAUUUCUCUAUAAGCCCCAUCGCAGCCAGAACAGCCCCAGCAGAGAUGUGGCCGUGGUGACGCCCACCCUGUCCAGAGGAGAGGCUGCAGGGUCAUGGGAACCUGUGGAGGUGAAGGAGCCCCACAGGCUGCCAGCCAAACCCCCUGCCUCAGCCCAGCCUGCUGAGGAACUCCUCAGGCAUCCAGUGACAGGGGAGGUGGUGGAGCAGGGCUCCCCGAUGGCUCUGCUCCUUGCAGCCAGGCAGAGGGCGCAGAAGGGGAGGUCCAGAGGAGCUUCCCUGGGCCAGUCCUCCCUGCCAGGGUGUCUCCGUGGCCACAGCCAGCCCGGGGCAGGCUCUGACAGCAUUUUCUACAACGACGGCCAGCCCAACUCCUUCACAGUGGUCCCCAAGGUACCCGAGGAGACUGCGAAGGACCCCCAGCUAACCUCGCCAGGACAGCCCAAGGUACCCAGUCAGUGGAAGCCCCAGCCCCGCAGAGACCCAGAGGGCACGGAGCGCAGCCGCGUGUACAGCUGGACAAAGACGGAGCCGCAGGCCCCCGUGGCCUGGGAAAGACCAGCGCCCUCCAGCCUCCCCCAGGGCCGCCUGCUGCCCAAGUCCUCCUCUUCCCCUCCUUCUCCUUCCCGCGAGAGUGGGGAGGAGUUCAACUUUGAGGUCAUCCCACCGCCGCCAGAAUUCAGCAAUUACCCCGAGCCCCCGCCCCGCGGCCUGCAGUAUCUGGGGCGCCGGGGCUCCCCUCCCCGGAACAACUCAGGCUUGGGGCAGCUCGCGGACGCGGGCCCCGCUCGCGGCUCCUCGCGCUUUUCCGCGAGUGCGGGCCCCGCCGGGGCCGCCAGGGGCCUGGGCCAUUUCUCGGGCGGGGGCCGUUCGCUUAUCAAGAAGCGCCUGUACGUCGUCGGGGAGGCCCACCGCAGCCCCAGGAUGCCCCGAGGCAGCACUGGCCGCAGCCCGACCUCCCCUAGCUGCUUCGGGCCGCCGCCUAGAGGGCCCUUCGCAGCGCCCGGAGGCCCGGAGAUGCGGCGCGUCAACUCGACGGACCGCGCGCCCCCCGCCGGCCUGCACGCGCGGAAUAUGCCCCUGGAGGGCGCCCCCCGCGGAGAGGCCAAGUACAAAGCGACCGGCGGCGGCGGCGGCGGCGGCAUCAACUGCGGCAACUGCGGCGACUGCGGCUGCGCCCCGGCUACCCGCAGGUCUCCCCACAGCAACCCCCACUAUGGAAGCUCCAUCAACACAUUCACCGUGAGGCCCGGGACUCACCAUCCCAUCUCCUAUGCCUACUCGGGGGCCCAUCGGAAGUCCCCUUCCUGA